AUGGAAUUUUCCAAAGGCAAUAUGAAACAAUUUAAUAAUGAAAAAAUAAAAAUAUUAGAAUGUAAAUUUAAACAACAAACAUUAUCAAUAACAACUAUUGAAGAUUUUUCUAAUGAAUUAUUUUUUCAAAUAUUUGAUUAUUUAGAUGGUUGUGAAAUAUAUUAUGGAUUUAUGAAUCUUAAUAAACGUUUUCAACAAUUACUUAAUUCUUCAUUACUUUUAUUUAAAAUUAAUUUCGAUAAUAAAUUCUUUAUGAAUAUUUGUAAACAAAUCAUGACAUUGAAUAAACAUCAAAUAUUUUCUAUUAAUUCUUGUAAACCAUUAUCAAUGAAUAGAUUUUUUUCAUCAUUUUCAUUUGAUUCAUCCUUUAAACAACUUGAAUCACUUGUUCUUUAUGAAUCUCAAUCAAAUAUAUUAAUUCCAUUUCUCAAUAAUUUAUCUUAUUUACCACGUUUAUUUUCAUUAACUCUCUAUUUAUUAGAAGGUUUAACAAAUCUAGUUGAUAUUUAUAAAAUUAUUUUAAAAUUAUCAAUGUUAAAAUAUUUAGUUAUAA